AUGGCCGUCAAACCUAUCACUGGCAUGAUCCGACGAUCCGUCGUGCUCGAUAUCUCCGUUGCUUUGGGUCUCGGAACGACUGCUGGCUACGGCUGGUGGUACGGCUACCACGUCCCCGCUGUCCGCCACCGCGACGCUUUCUACCAGAAGAUCGAGGACGAGCGUGCCUCAGCUCUUGGCCAGAAAUAA